AUGAACGACCUGAUGACCCUGGGCAUGCACCGGGGUUGGAAACGCAAGACCGCCGCACUGGCCUCUCAGAACCUCGCAGGCACGGCGUUGGAUGUAUCCACCGGAACCGGAGACCUAGCGUUUCAGCUGGCAAAGCACACCCGAGUAAACCGGACCGUGGCACUGGACCUGCUACCUGAAAUGAUUGGCCGCGCCCAGAAGAGGGCCAAUUGUCGACCAGGCUGCGAGGUCAAUCUCCUUCCUCGCAACAUGCCCGACGUCCGUAAGGCGAUUUCAGAGAUGACGAGAGUCAUACGUCCCGGUGGACGAGUUACGCUGCUAGAGUUGUCCCCUAUGGAAUCGGGAAUGAGGGCCCAACUUUUCCGGAUGUAUUUUCACCGCCUUGUGCCCCUGGUCGGCAGCAUCGUGGCGCGCGACCGGGAUGCCUACACGUACCUCCCUCGGUCGGUGGAUGUCUUUUACGGCGCGGAUGAACUGAUGGAAAUUCUGAGAGAAGCAGGCCUGCAUUCUGUAGGGUAUAGCCGGCUGGGUUUUGGCACAGUAUGCCUGCAUUGGGGCGACAAGCCGUUGAACUGA